AUGGCCAGGAGGGAGAUCGUCGAUGUCAAGAGGGACAAGGCAAUAGCGUCAGUCAGCGGAUCUCAGCGCGCUUCCCCGAUGGUGGUUUUCCCCCACUGAACCCAUGACGAGCCCCUUGAACGGAACAGUCGAGUCACACGGUUCAGGGAAGACUAUGCCGCACUGAGGAAACAGUACGAUCAAGUCAAGGCCGUUGGAUCAGCCGCCGUAGGUCGCUCUGUCUCUCUCUCUCUCUCUCUCUCUCUUUCCUCUUGCACAAGACCCUAAUCCUCCCCACCCACAGAAAGCGAACCUGGACCGCUCCUCUCUCCUCUCCUCCACUUCCGCUUCAACCUCUUCCUCCUACUCCCCCAACCCGACCACCAGCAGCACCGCACAAACGUCCUCCCUCUCCUCCUCCCUUGGUGCGCCCGCCCAACGCUUGAACCGACAACCGUCCCUGGUUGCCGAAAACCCCUUCUCGAUCAACAUGGCGCCCUCCGCCUCCUCCGACGGUUCAGGAAGAUGGACGACCAACAACCCACCUGGCUACGAUUUGAGGACCAAUCGCGCCUUGGACGAACACGAUCGGUUCGGAGGGAUCAACUCGAGUUUGGACGGGUUCUUGGCACAAGGGCAGGCCGUGAUGGGUAAUUUGGCGAAUCAGAGAGAUUUAUUGAAAGGUAAGUCCUCAGUCCUCAAGCAUAUCUUCCUAUGGACUCUAAUCAGAGGCCCUGACUUGCCGAACCCCCUCCUCCCCAACUUGUAAAAGGCACCCAACGACGUCUCCUCUCCGCGGCCAACACCUUGGGUCUUUCGAGGGAAACCAUCACCUUCAUCGAACGGCGGACCAAAGCAGAUUAUUACAUCCUCGUGGGAGGCGGCGCGUUCACGCUCGUGUGUUUUUAUUUCAUCUUGAAAUACUUUGGCUGA